AUUUUCUAAAAAUGUAAGUAAAACCUGUAUUUAAAAGUUAUAAAACACACGAUAUUUCCAGUUUAUGCGCUAUAAUGAUGUUUUAUGAUAUGCUUUCAGGUCAAAAACAACAACACCAAAGCAAUAUGGAAAAUUGGCAGAUAUGAUGGAGAGUAAGCAAGAUAUAGCCAACGAUUUUCACCAGCGUCCUAAAGAAGAUGUGCAGGCUUUUUGGAAAAAGGUUUGGAUUGACUGGAAGUGCUAUAUUAAACGGAAGCUAACUAGCAAUAAGAAGGAAAUGAUGAGCACAGGGGGAGGUCAAUGUCGUUUACAACGUUUAAAUCCACUUGAGGAGAAAAUUUUGCGCUUAACGGGGUUGGAAAGGAGUACAAGUGGAAUAAAGAAUACGUACGAUUAUGGCGAUAGCACACAAGACGCAGCCCGAACCUCCGAAAUAGACAUUUCGAUACAUUCAGACGAUGUGCCGUCAACCAGCAGAGCUAGCAGCCAUAACAGAGAGAGACGAUCAGAARAGGAGAGCGCUGCAUCGUUACUAAGGGAGCAACAAGAUCUGCAGAAAGAGUUUUAUGCCGGAACAAAACUUCAUUAUGAGCAAAAUGAAAGAAGCAGUGACAUAUUUACGACGAAUGAACCGCUCUCUAGAAGUGUUGGCAGACACUGCAGUAAAGCAGCUUCAAGAGCAGCACGACACAACAAAGUAGAAGAACAACUGCUAAAAGAAAAGUUGGAUAUAAAAAUGCAAAUGCUAAAAUUAGAUCCCAUCUAUAAAGAC